GAUUGACAUUUUUUCUUGACUAUACAACGUUAAUUCUUGACUAUACCGGGAACUUCAUUCUUGAUUAUGACUGACCCUUUCCAGAAGUGUCAGUGAUAGUUAUUCCAGAAAUUAUUACUUGAAUUUUAUGGUCGGGGCUGGCAGCUAUUAUGGGAAUUAAUUCUUUUAUCAUCAUCAUCAUCAUCCUAGCUAACUUAAAAUUUUAUUUUAAGAUUUCGUUUGUCUUUUAUUUAUUGCUAGACUCAUUUAUUGCUAGAAUCAAUUCGUGACUAAAAAAGCAUUCGACCUCUUCGACUCAAUUCUUGGCACAUCUACAUUUCUUGAUUUCAAAUCAACGCUAGUUUGUUCUAUCAGAAGAAUUGCAAAUGUGUUCCAAGAACCCUGCCAAGAACUCAAAAAACAGCAAGCGCAACAAGUUAAUUGGCAUUGGAAUCGGCGUCGGGGUUGGCGCCGCCACUGGAUUAGGCGCUGUAAUUGCCGCACCAUUCGUACUGGGAGCAGUCGGGUUCACGGCGGCCGGAGUAGCCGCUGGAUCGAUUGCUGCCGCCAUCCAGGGCCCUGCAGUUGUGUCCGGCAGUAUAUUUGCUAUUUGCCAGUCGGUCGGUGCCCUUGGGUUGUCGGCUGCUGCGUCGGGGACAAUAGUUGCCGCUGGUGCUGCCGCGGGUAGUGGCAUAGGCGGAGUGGUGUCUCUUGUUGCUGAUGGAACAUCGGGGGAGAAUAAAACGGUCGAAUCCGAAAAAGAAGACUGCGAACAUGAGGAAAAUCUCAGGGAUAAGACAGAAUCAGAUGCCAAAGCAGAAGACGAAAUAAAAACAAAAAAAUGUGAGGAAAAGUUUGAGGACAAUCUUGACAGCCACAAAAAUUGCAGUUACUUAGAAUAAACAAUAAAUACGAUGUAGAGUUUUUAUAUGAUACGAGCUCAGUUCAAUUUUGCCAGCUUGUUUUGAA